CACAAGUCCCAAAAUGCAAUGCGAUUUACACCUCAGCUAAACUGAAUUACAACAACUAUCCUCAACUGUUAGCCAAUAAUUUGACCGAACACGUUCAUCCGACCUCGCCGCCGACCCGACUGUUUUUGUUGGAUAGUCGUGACAUUUGGGAGCUGACUCGUUGUAGGAUCAAGGAUGGAUCCUGAAUAUGAACACCGGCUGCUCCGUCAAAUCAAUAUUGAGAACGACAACUUGAGCCCAGUUAAACACAGUCUGUGCAACCGGGCGCCCACCAGCUCUCCACUGUCCUCGCCCAGUAAGCUUGGAGACAGAUUCAUUCCUACCAGAGCAGGAGCCAACUGGAAUAUCAACUUUCACAGGAUCAAUGAAAAUGAGAAAUCACCAAGUCAGAACAGAAAAACAAAAGAUGCCUCUACUGAUAAUGUCAAAGCAGAUGGGCUGGCCUACUCUGCUUUACUGAAGAAUGAGCUGCUGGGAGCAGGAAUAGAAAAGAUCCAGGACCCGCAAACAGAGGACAGACGUCUCCAGCCAUCAACACCGGAGAAGAGGAGUCUCUUCUCUUAUUCACUCAACACCAAAAGAUCAUCACCAGAGGAUGGCUCCAACAUUUCUCCCUAUUCACUAUCACCUGUCAGCAAUAAAAGUCAGAAGCUGUUGCGUUCACCAAGGAAGCCAACUCGCAAGAUCUCCAAGAUCCCCUUUAAAGUUCUGGAUGCUCCAGAGCUGCAGGAUGACUUUUAUCUUAACUUGGUAGACUGGUCAUCUCUUAAUGUGCUCAGUGUUGGGCUGGGCACAUGUGUUUACCUGUGGAGUGCCUGCACUAGCCAGGUAACAAGGCUGUGUGACUUAUCAGUGGAAGGAGACUCAGUCACGUCAGUUGGGUGGUCAGAAAGGGGAAAUCUUGUGGCAGUGGGUACUCAUAAAGGCUAUGUUCAGAUCUGGGACGCUGGUGCUGGCAAGAAACUUUUUGCCCUAGAAGGACACACAGCCAGAGUUGGAGCAUUGGCAUGGAAUGCAGACCAGUUGUCUUCAGGAAGCCGUGAUCGUAUAAUUAUUCAGCGAGAUGUGCGGACGCCUCCACUCCAGUCAGAGAGGAGGCUGCAGGGGCACAGACAAGAAGUGUGUGGCUUGAAAUGGAGCACUGACCAUCAGCUGCUUGCAUCUGGUGGCAACGACAACAAGCUGCUGGUGUGGAACCAUUCAUCAGUGAGCCCGGUGCAGACGUACACGGAUCACUUGGCCGCAGUGAAAGCCAUUGCCUGGUCCCCCCAUCAGCACGGCCUACUGGCCUCUGGCGGCGGUACUGCAGAUCGCUGUAUUCGUUUUUGGAAUACUCUAACAUCGCAGCCGCUGCAGUGUAUGGACACCGGCUCUCAGGUCUGCAACUUGGCCUGGUCCAAACAUGCUAACGAGCUGGUCAGCACCCAUGGAUACUCUCAGAACCAAAUCUUGGUGUGGAAAUAUCCAGCUCUCACUCAGGUUGCCAAACUCACAGGACACUCCUACAGAGUGCUCUACCUGGCCAUGUCUCCGGAUGGUGAGGCGAUAGUCACAGGAGCUGGAGAUGAGACGCUACGUUUCUGGAAUGUAUUCAGUAAAACCCGGUCAACAAAGGAAUCUGUAUCAGUUUUAAAUCUCUUCACCAGGAUACGGUAACUUUCAACAAAUAAAAAACUUUCAUUUGAGAUGAUCUCUGUGCCAUCUCUCGAUACCUAAUCAACAUGGUGCUAAGGACAAACAGUACAAUCAGGGGCCUCUUGUGAUAUUUUUUCACAAAGCAAUGAGAACAACUGUGUAAGAGUUUUUCUUGACUCUUAUUAAUGUUUUUUUUUUUUACUUUUUAAAAUGUGUUGAACUUACUUUAGUUUUAUCUUUACAACUACAAAUCACAAGCCUUAAAAUAUCUACUAUCAUUAAUGAAUUUGAAAUGUGGACAGAGCUUUUUGUUUUAGUUUGUGUGUAUCUCAGGUUUAAUUUAUUUGACACACUUGUUAUAUGACAAAACAUUUGGACACUUUAUGUUAAGUUGUCUGACAUUUAAUAUUGAUUCUGUGGAGAAAAAUGCCACGUUAGAGAAAAACUAAACAUGACCUUCACCAUUGCGGUGAUCCUUUGGAGAAAAUGGCAUUGAAUGGCUGACUGAAAUAAUGCAGUUUUGCUUCUGUGUAUAAAACGUCUGAUGCUGUGCAUUAAGACAUCUUCUACAAAGUGUAACCUUUUCAGGAAAAGAGGAAAUAAAAACCGGAAGAACUGAA